UCUUGUUGGUGCUGCAAAGCUGUAAGGAGUGGUGGGGAGGCAGGCUCUUUAGUGGGCCCAAUUGAGGUGGGCCCAAUGUGUGAGGUAGUCCGCCUGAGUAGCUCUGAUGAGGAGGAGGAGGUCCGUGACGAUGGCUGCAGUUGGGCUGGCCUACGUCGGAAGUAUACACCACCAAAGAAGUGGUGGAGUAAUGGUGGUGUACUUCUAGAGGCCGCAUCGGAUGCUGUUCAGCGUGAGGAGGUGGGAAUUCAAGCAGGAACCAGCUCCCACCGUGGGAAAAGGGCCCGGCCUUUGAAGAGGAUGCAGCAGGGUCCUGCCAGGAAGCUUCCCAGGCAGAAAGUGGAAAACCUGAACACCGUGAAGAAGGAGCUCGCCAAGAUCAAGAACAAAGUGGAUUCUCUGCUGUCCUGCGUGGAACGCCUGGAGAACAAGGAAAAGCCCCAAGGCAGGAAAAGGGGCAGGCCUCCAAAGAAGCAAGGCGAGUCAAGCAAUGACAAACAGACCGCUGCUUCCAACACUGGCUAUGGCAGUUCUACAUCCCAAUCCUCCGGAGGAAGAGGCUGUUACCAGGCGAAGCAGAAGGAAGGCAUGAAGACUGAGGAGGAAGGAAACCCACUGCCCGACAUGGAAGACACCAUAAUGCAGUUCAACAAACAGAGGAACAACAGAACCUACAAGCCAGCCAAGCGCAGGGUGAGCUGGGCACCAACAGUCACCGUAUGGGGCAGCACAGGCAGCCCUGCUUAGUAGGGGCUCGCCUAGAAGAGGAGGACACAGAAGACUGAGGCGUACAGGACCUGCUGAGGUGGCUCCAGGAUGCUGGAGGUACAGCCUGCCAUUGCUGAGAAGCUAGAGCACAGCAGAAACACCACACAGGCCAAACAGCUGUGUUCCCUGCCGGCCUCAGUGGGCCACCAAGGCACACAUUCUACAGCCACCCUCAGCAGGCCCUCACCCUCAGAUAUUUGAGCCCAGGCUCACUAUUGUCCUCACUCUUGGCCUCUCCAGGCUCCUACAGGUGGUCUAUUUCCCAGUAAAAAAGAAUUACAUUAAAACCACUGAAUUGUUCCUCAUUCUCUUAGAAAGAUUGUUCUGGCUCAAAAAUAAAUAAAAUGCAUUGUUCCUUCUGC